AUGAGUCUUUGGCAAAAAACUUAUAGCUCUCAGUUGGUUAACUCGUCUGACAAAGAUUCUAAGAAUAUACAUCGUAAUUUAGAAAUCUUAAAUAAUACUUCUCUCAAUCUUGUUCGACCAGAAACACCAGUUAAUUCUCAACCCGCUGACAAAAUUACUCCUAAAGAGAAAUUAAAAACUUUAUUACUUUGUAUCAAUUCGAAUGUUUAUUCACCCUCACUACAUGCUAAACGUUCGUCACAGGAUCGUUCUGCGGAUGUACAUAACGAAAUUAAAAAGCCACAGUCUGAUCCACCUAAAUGUAGUUCAGAAAAAACUAAAGCUAAAAGAACUAGUAAAGUCAAAUUUGCUAUAGACUCAAAUCAUCAAUCGAGUGAGAAAGAGGAAAAAACUGAUGGCAUAAUAAAUGAUGCUAAUGAUAAUGAAAAUCUUGAGUCACCAAAGUCACUUUCAAAAAAUUCGAAGGCUUACCGCCGUGCAUCUGCUCCUGCUCAUGGAAUGCCCUUUGUUUACUUUUCGUCAUCGGAAUUCACAUCCAUACAUUACUUUGGACAAUCUGAACAGGACAAUCAUAAAGUGCAUGAUUCAGAUAAUCAAGCCUCUAAAAUACCAACAGUUGACACUAAGCGGCGUGAAUCAAUCACACAAGCGCAACAACACAAAUACGACAAAUACGACAAAAAAACAUUACAGACCUUUAAUCCACCAUUUCAACCUGGAACAUUUAUACCUCAACCAGUACCUACACCUAUUACCACGAGAUCAAGAUCAAGAAGUAUUUCUACUGGAAAGCCUAUUCAAGCUGGUAAUUCGUUGCCUGCUAUAGUUUCUGCUGCAUCAUAUCAAAAUCUUCCUUGGUCACCUGCUGUAAGCUUUUUAGCUAAUUUGGCACAGUCUACUGUGUCCCAACCAAUGCCAUAUGAUGAAGGUCAACAAAUUGGGGAUUAUAUUAUUGGUAAAGUAAUUGGUCGUGGUGGAUUCUCCACAGUAAAAGAAGCUAUUAAGAUGGAUAAUGAUGGUAAUAUGGAAACAAUUGCCGUCAAAAUCGUACGCAAAAAUCAAGAAUCUGAUUGUAACGAUCGCAUUCAGGCACUUUUAGAUAGAGAAAUCCAUAUAUGGCGUGAGCUCUUUCAUCCUAAUAUUGUACCGAUGAUUAUGUGUAAAGAGGAUGAUCAUGCUACCUAUGUGUUUUCUGAAUAUUGCUCAGGAGGAUUAGAUGAAGAUGAAGCACGUACUAUUUUUCUGGAAAUUGCUGAAGGUUUACGAUACUUACAUAAUGACAUGAAAUUAGUACAUAAAGAUAUAAAAUUGGAUAAUAUAUUAUUGGAUAAGGAAGGCACAUGGAAAAUUUGUGACUUUGGUUUGACUGAAUUUCAAAAUAAUGCCAAUGGUUUUGCCGAUCUUUGUGAUGAAGAAGCUGGUGGAUCUAUUGCUUAUUGUGCACCAGAACAGGCGCGUAGCAAAACCUCUAUAAAGAAUCCGGCAGUUGACAUAUGGAGCCUAGGUGUUGUACUUUAUGCUCUUGUGACGAAUAAAUUACCUUUUAUGGAUGAUUUCGUACCUCGUUUACAAUUCAAAAUUAUUAAUGGACGUUAUGAUGAAACGGUACUUCACGAAUCUGGUUGUUGCGAUGAUUUACGGGAUUUGUUGAAAAAAAUGUUUAAGACUGAUUUCACUCAACGAUUAACUAUAAAUGAGGUCAUGAAUCAUAGAUGGUGUCAACAAUGA